CUCUGGCACACCAGCACCAUCUCCUACUCAGGAUGUGCUGCACAGCUCUUUUUAUUUCUGUUCUUCAUCUCUGCAGAGCUCUAUCUCCUGACUGUCAUGUGCUAUGAUCGCUACGUGUCCAUCUGCAAACCCCUGCACUAUGGGACCCUCCUGGGCAGCAGAGCUUGUGCCCACAUGGCAGCAGCUGCCUGGGCCAGUGCCUUUCUCAAUGCUCUCGUGCACACAGCCAAUACAUUUUCCCUGCCCCUGUGCAAUGGCAAUGCCCUGGGCCAGUUCUUCUGUGAUGUGCCCCCGAUCCUCAAACUCUCCUGCUCACACACCAAUGCCCUAAGAAAGCUGGGACUCAUUGCUGUUAGUACCUCUUUAGCAUUUGGCUGUUUUGUGCUCAUUGUUUUCUCCUAUGUGCAGAUCUUCAGGGCUGUGCUGAGGAUCUCCUCUGAGCAGGGACAGCACAAAGCCUUUUCCACCUGCCUCCCUCACCUGGCCACUGUCUCUCUGUUUGUAAGCACAGCAUUGCUCGCCUACCUGAAGCCCCCAUCCAUGUCCUCCUCAUCCCUGGAUCUGGCCCUGUCAGUUCUGUACUCGGUGGUGCCUCCAGCCCUGAACCCCUUCAUAUACAGCCUGAGGAACCAGGAGCUCAAGGCUGCCGUGUGGAGACUGAUGGCUGGAUGCAUUCAGAAAGACUAA